ACAAGAAACGUGCUACCUUCUUUGCAAUGCUUGUUGUCCUCUUUUCUUCCAAUUCUUAUCUUAGAUUGAUCCAAUGCCAACUUAUGCCAAUUGUUAGUGAUGAUCAAAUUAAGACAUACAUAGUUUUUGUAGAAGAGCCUAUAGGAGGAGCAAAUCUACUGAAUGAUGAAGAGCUCGCCAAUUUUCAUAGAUCAUUUUUGCCAAACAAUAGUCUAGGCUCCGGCAAAGAACGGAUGAUCUAUUCCUAUCGCCAUGCGAUUAGUGGAUUUGCAGCAUUAUUGACAGCUGAUGAAGUUUUAGCCAUGGAAACAAAGCCGGGUUUUUUGUUCGCUCGCCUGCCAGAAGAGGUUAGAGCACAAACAACCUACACUCCCCAGUUUAUGGGCUUGAGUGAAGGAGGAGGGUUAUGGUGGAGCUCUCAAUAUGGAGAAGGGAUUAUCAUUGGAGUGAUCGACACUGGCAUUACACCUACACAUCCUUCUUUCCAAAGUUUUAAUGCAGUUCCAGCUCCGCCAGUUAAUUGGUUCGGUAAUUGUGCGUUUGGACCGAAUGUAUGCAACAACAAACUCAUCGGUGCAAUGGCAUUCCAGAGUGGCAAAAAUCCAUCACCUCUUGAUGACACUGGCCAUGGGACACAUUGUGCCAGCAUAGCCGCUGGAAGCCCGGUUUAUGAUGCUGGAGUCCUCAACCAAGCUAGAGGAAUGGCAGUAGGGACUGCGCCGAGAGCUCAUAUCUCGGCUUACAAAGUAUUAUUUGGAGGUAGUGGAUGGGACGAUGAUAUCCUAGCAGGCAUAGACCAAGCCAUUCGAGACGGUGUCAAUGUGCUCUCAAUGUCUCUUGGUUCCGGCCCGAAACACUUGUAUGACAGCGGAAUUGCAGUGUCUUCUUUCUACGCUAUUACUCAAGGAAUAGUUCCUUGUGUUGCUGCUGGGAAUGACGGCCCCACAGCGAGUGUGAUUUCGAAUGAUGCUCCGUGGAUUUUUACUAUCGGAGCAAGCAGCACCGAUAGAAGGAUAAAGGUAACUGUGACGCUGGGUAAUGGUAUGGAAAUCGAUGGUGAAUCUGCUUAUCAACCAGACACACACAAUGCUAUUGAUUUAGAACUCGUGUUUCCUGGAGCAUCAGGCAGAGAUUCUGAUCUCCAAUGCUCAUCGCUAAACCCGACCGAUGUCAAAGGAAAGAUAGUUUUAUGCGUGGUUGGUACCUUUUCUAGCAUAGUGAAAGGAAGGAUAGUAAAAGCUGCCGGAGGAGAGGGAAUGAUAAUGAUGAAUACUGUAAAAUACGGAUUCACAACAUCCGCAGAGCCUCAUGUUCUUCCUGCUGCUCAUAUUAGUAAUGUUGAUGCUAGAAAGAUAGUGGCAUAUGUGCAAACUACUAGAAACCCGACAGCAUCGAUUGUCUUCAAAGGUACACAAUUCGGAGCCUCUCCUGCUCCUUCCAUAGCUUAUUUCUCUAGCAGAGGCCCUAGUCAGUAUAAUGGAGGCUUUAUAAAGCCGGACAUUGUCGCACCAGGAGUGAAUAUUCUUGCAGCUUGGCCGGUAGAAGUUGGGCCUAAUCCCACAGGAAACACAACCUCAACCUUUAAUUUCCUGAGCGGUACAUCUAUGGCCACUCCUCAUGUUGCCGGCAUUGCUGCUGAUCUAAAAAAAAAUCACCCUGAUUGGUCACCAGCGAUGAUCAAGUCGGCAAUCAUGACAACCGCAUUCACUGAGGAUCUAGAUGGAAAUCCGAUAGCCGAUGAUGCUUUCUUAUACCGACCAGCUAGUUACUUUGCCAUGGGAGCCGGACAUGUCAAUCCCGAAGGAGCUAAUGACCCAGGACUCGUUUAUGACAUCCAACCAUUGGAUUACAUCCCAUAUCUUUGCGGGAUGUAUUCUACACGCAUCGUCAAAGCCAUUGUCCGACAACAAUGGAUCGAUUGCUACACAAUUCAAUCGAUAACUGCGGCAGAGUUGAACUAUCCUUCAAUUAGUAUGACAAUGCCGGUAUCGGCAGGCUCUGCAUUUGUCAUUACAAGAACACUCACAAAUGUUGGUCCUGCCGAGGUUUACAAUCUGAGAAUUCAGUUGCCUGAUGGAGUUGAUAUUAGAGCAGACACAUAUAGUCUGACAUUUUUAGCUCUGAAUGAGCAGCAAAGUUUUAGGCUUCAGUUUACAAGCAAUGGUUAUGCGCAGAGUGGGCAAGUCUCAGAAGGAUACCUCAUUUGGGCUUCUGCAAGUCAUGUUGUCAAGAGUCCAAUUUCAGUUACAUACUACUGAGCAGUAGUAAGUAGUAGUAUGCACUUCUUUUUGAGAGGUCUUGCAUAUGAACUACUUCAUUAUGACUUUUAAUAAGAUUGGG